AUCACUAAUUUCUCUCUCCUGCUGCAAGUGCCUUGACCUAUUUCAGCUUCAGCUACAACAGUCAAUUCAGUUCAGCAUUUCCUAAAGGCCUUCAAAGCACUCUCAUCUCCAACAUCAUCUUAAAUCAUCUUUCAGUAUUACCUCAAUGUGACUUGGCAGUCACCUUCAUCAGCCGCUCCCUCUCUCCAAAUAACUUCUGGAAUUUACGCACCCUUACCCCCAGUGAACUUCGUUCACGGUGGAACCUCCGACCACGCCGACGGAACAAUGGCCUCAUCUCGCAUCCGGAAAAAGUAUCUACAGUUCCCUAAAACCGUAUUUGGACUAAGAUGCUCUCAACAUCGGGCCAAGAAGAUGUGCCAUGUCUUUCGGUACUACAAAGGACGAGGACAUUCAGGAGCAACCAAAGAGAAACUGCUCGAAAUUCUUGUUGAACUUGAAGAUGAAUUGCCAAAUCAGGAAGUUGAGAUAGUCAAAAGCUGGCUAGAAGCGGAUCGGUCAGUUGGGGCACUUGGAGAUCAGCUAGAUGUUGCGCGGGGAAGGUAUCCUGGAGCUGAGUGCUGUGUUUGUACCGACUCCUUCCCUCAACAUCGGUUCCCCAACGUCACUUCGACAUGCGACCAUGGGCCAACAGUCUGCGAGGAUUGCAUUAAGCAGAGCGUUAAUACCCAGAUUAUGCAAGUGGCUUGGGACAAGAUCAAGUGCCCAGAGUGCUCUGAGGCAUUGCAGUACGAUGUUGUCAAGAAGUGGGCUUCUAAGAAAUCGUUUGAGAAGUAUGAUGAAAACUCUGCAAAAUCGGCAAUGACAGAGCUCACUAUGUGUCUGGGAGCCAAUUGCGGUUCAGGUCAGAUCCAUGAUGGUGGAGAUGCUCAACCAAUCAUGACUUGCAAUGAGUGUGGCUUCAAAACCUGCUAUACUCACAAGAUGCCAUGGCAUUCAGGACAGACUUGUAGACAGUACGAAAUAGACAGAAAAGAGAGGAUGGAGCAAGAAGCAGCCUCAGAGAAGUUCAUCCGCGAGAAAUUGGCAGCCAAGACCUGUGCUGAUCCUUCCUGCGGUGCCCGCAUUCAAAAGAGAGGUGGCUGCGACCAUAUGUCGUAUGUGGUUAUGAGUUCUGCUAUGUGUGCUUGGCUCCUUGGCAGAGAAUCAUACUCGAGGGAAACACAGCUCAUUCUCCGAGUUGCAAGCAUCACACCAACAAUCUUCCGAACAUUCGUUACUAGUCAGAGGAAGAAACCGAUGACAACGAAGUUCUCGAAUAGAACCUUAAAGUGUAAGGGUAGGGCUCUGUUCUGCGUGUACUAUUAGUUGCGCCGCUUUAUGCUCUCUGCGUUGGUUUUAUUCCUCACAAACAUUGCAAAUGUCAAAAAUCGGCGGACAACUUAGUGGAAAGCAGCCUGAGCUGCGCAAUACUCUUUGGCAUGGGUUUCACAGACACA